AGCCGGUCCGUCUCUGCCGUGCGAUUGGUUCGUUCCGGGGGCUCGUCCUUUGAGCGAUCAUCAACUGAUCGGCGAUCCGCCAAGUAGUUCGAGUGAGUUUUAGCAGCCGUACGUGUGGUGUUGGGUCGCCGGUCGGAGAGUCCCUAAACGGUGGUUGGCGAGGCGGCUACUCGGAAGGCAAAGCAUGGACAAGGACGGAGCCAAGUUUCGCAGCCCGUUCGGAAGGCCGCACAUGGCCACUAGCGGCGCCGCUUUGGCAGCGUCAUCGUUUCUGCCGUCGCAGAAGACUACGAAAGGAAUUGUCGCCGGUGGCAUCACCGGUGGCAUUGAAAUCUGCAUCACUUUCCCCACUGAGUAUGUGAAGACACAACUGCAACUGGACGAACGGUCAGCAAAGCCUCGGUACAACGGCAUCGCAGACGUGGUGCGCCAGACGGUGCGCUCGCACGGCGUCGCAGGACUCUACCGGGGGCUUAGUGUGCUUGUCUACGGAUCCGUACCAAAGUCAGCUGUCAGGUUUGGGGCAUUUGAGGCCUUGAAGAAACGUAGCGUCGACUCGCGAGGCAACCUCUCUCCACACAUGCGGCUGCUGUGCGGACUGGGUGCAGGUGUCUCGGAGGCUAUCCUGGCGGUCACUCCCAUGGAGACGGUAAAGGUGAAGUUCAUCAACGACCAGGCCUCCCCUAACCCCAAGUACAAGGGCUUCUUCCAUGGUGUACGUGAGAUUAUCCGCACCGAGGGCAUUAAGGGUACAUAUCAAGGUGUGACAGCCACAAUCAUGAAGCAGGGCAGCAACCAGGCAAUUCGCUUCUUCGUCAUGGAGACGCUCAAGGACUGGUACCGAGGUGGGGAUCCUAACAAGCCGGUCAACAAGCUGGUGGUUGGCAUGUUUGGUGCAUUUGCCGGAGCUGCCUCCGUCUUUGGGAACACGCCCAUCGAUGUGGUCAAAACACGCAUGCAGGGCCUCGAUGCACACAAGUACAAGAAUACGUUGGACUGCAUUUUGCAGAUUGCCAGGCAUGAGGGCUUCCCUGCGUAAGUUCCUUUUGUUUGCCUUCUUCUGACGUGUGCCAUGAAUGUUUCCACUUGUUCGGCCG